GAAGCGUUCGACCGAAAUUCGUAUCGCAUUCUGGCUGGAUUUUGGCUAUUGGGUGCCAUGGUUUUGGUUAAUUCCUAUUCGGGUAUUGUCAUUUCAUCGCUGACAGUUCCAAAGAUGAUGCCUCCCAUAGAAACGCUGGAAGACUUGGCUGUUAGUAAAGAUGUUGAGAUCAUUGUUCGACACGACACUUUGAUAGGAGAGCAAAUAUUGCAAGCAAGAACUGGAGUGUAUAAAACUCUUGGAGAUCAAGCUCGUAAAUAUCCUGGUCAUAUUCUUGGCGAUCCCUUUAAAGUAAGCGCUAUGUUGGAGACCGGCAGAUAUGCGUAUCCUUUUAUCCAAGCUUUCAAUUCUUGGUUUGUGGCGCAACAAUACAAAAAGGUAGGGCAGUGUCGAUUUCACGCUACCAAGCCGCUGCCGGUGCCACUCGGUUAUUAUUCUUGGCUCGUCAAAAAGGGAAAUCCGAACGCUCGCCUAUUUGAUCCAGGAUUGGUGAAAUUGUGGGAGAGUGGCCUUACGUAUUUCUGGGCUAAUAUAGCCAUUGGCAAAAACAAAGCAACCGAGUGCUUUCAGAAGAAGCGUCAGAAAAGUUCCGCCCAACAAGUUCCCAUUCGCUUAACCGAUCUGACGAGUGCCUUUUUAAUUCUCGGGAUUGGGCUUGGCUUGGCUAUCAUUGCCUUCGUACAUGAGUUAAUCAAGUCGAAAAUUCACAGUCGUACAAAAUUAUCGAUGAUUUAAUGGCAGAUACGUAUAAGCCUAUAUAUUUCUAUAUAUAGCGGUUUAGCUUGAUAUUAUCUGUAGGCUAUAAAUAUAUAGCUCUCGGUCGGGCUAUGAAUAUUGAAUAAUGUAGCAUUUCUUCUAGUUUUUCUUUUCAAACCUGCAAUCGAAUUUUACUUUCGUAGUGAUGUGGUUAAGGGUGGAAGUUUUUAACUCACCAUCAGCAUAUACUUUGUUUUUUAAUAUUUUCUGUUUUGUUAUUUGUUAAUCUAUACUUAGAACUUUGGAGAAACUAAUCUGUAGUUUG